GGGGAACGGGCCCAGCUCCUGAAGAGUUCCAUCCCGCCUCGGCCUGGCCUGGCGGGGCUGUACAGCCAGCCCGCUCCAGCCGGUGCCCGAGGACUUGCCCGCCCGGCCUCCGUCGCGCGGCCCGGGAUGGGGCCCCGCUCCGGGCUGCGCCACCGCCUGGUCCCGAGGACCAUCUCCGUUGUGAGGGUCUGAAGUGCAGCCACCGUGGGAGGGUGGACGGCCCGGCGCGGGGGCUGAACUACCGGGUGACCUUGGCAGGGCCGAUCUGGCUCGGUCGACGCGACGCGCAGAUGAUUUCAAGUCAGCAAACAUUUACUGAGCACCUACUAUGUACAAGAUGAACGUCUGCAACAAGCCCUCCAACAAGACAGCCCCUGAGAAGAGUGUGUGGACAGCGCCUGCACAGGCCAGCAGACCCUCCCUGGAGCUGCAGGGCCAGCGGUCCCGCCGGAAUGGGUGGAGCUGGCCCCCUCACCCGCUCCAGAUUGUGGCUUGGCUGCUGUACCUCUUCUUCGCUGUGAUUGGCUUCGGGGUCCUUGUUCCCCUCCUGCCUCACCACUGGGUGCCCACUGGCUAUGCUUGCAUGGGCGCCAUCUUUGCCGGCCACCUUGUGGUUCACCUGACUGCUGUCUCCAUCGAUCCAGCAGAUGCCAAUGUGAGGGACAAGAGCUAUGCAGGCCCCCUGCCCAUUUUCAACCGCAGCCAACAUGCACACGUCAUUGAAGACCUGCAUUGCAACUUGUGCGACGUAGAUGUGAGCGCUCGCUCCAAGCACUGCAGCGCCUGCAACAAGUGCGUGUGCGGUUUCGACCACCACUGCAAGUGGCUCAACAACUGCGUGGGCGAGAGGAACUACAGGCUCUUUCUACACAGUGUGGCAUCUGCUUUACUGGGUGUCCUGCUCCUCGUGCUGGUGGCCACUUAUGUCUUUGUGGAGUUCUUUGUCAACCCCAUGCGGCUGCGCACCAAUCGCCACUUUGAAGUCUGCCUGUGCCUUGCAGUCCUGAAGAAUCACACAGAUGUGUGGUUCGUGUUCCUGCCCGCUGCCCCUGUGGAGACCCAGGCUCCUGCCAUCCUAGCCCUGGCUGCCCUACUCAUCCUUCUGGGCCUGCUUUCCACAGCCCUGCUUGGCCACCUGCUGUGCUUCCACAUUUAUCUCAUGUGGCACAAGCUCACCACCUAUGAGUACAUCGUGCAGCAUCGCCUGCCACAGGAGGCAAAGGGGGCCCACAGGGAGCUCGAGUCAUGUCCCCCCAAGAUGCGGCCCAUUCAGGAGAUGGAGUUCUACAUGCGGACCUUCAGCCAUGUGCGCCCAGAACCCCCUGGCCAGGCCAGGCCUGCCACCGUGAAUGCCAAUCUUUCUCAGUUCCUUGCCACCCGAGGCCAAAUGGAGCCCCCCCAACCCUCCUCCCCAGAGACUCUGCCUCCCCGGAUCCGACCCCAGAAAAAGAGGAAGCGGCGUGUGUAUAAGGUGCCAACCUCUGGCACCUCGGAUCGGGAAUCGCCGCUGCCCAGGCUGUCGGGGCCCAGGGGCCCAGGUCGCAGCUCCAGCUCAUCAUCAGAUUCCGCGGGCGCCAGCCCAGUGCAUGCCACUGGACCUGCAGGCGCCUACCACUCGGCGUCAGCAGAGUCCAUGGAUGAGAUUCCAGUGGCGCAGACACGCCUGGGCAGCGCUGCUCUGGCCACCCCUGGAGGCAGGGGCCGAGAGCCGGGGCUGGCGCUGCAGGUGCGUGCGCCCGCUGUUUUCGUGAGCCCAAGCAGCGGCGAGCCCGGGGCGCGGGGCGGUCCAGAGACCGGCCUACCUUAGCAGGGCGGAGAGGCAGGAGGGCCAAGGAGGACCGGCCAUCCCGACUCUCUAUGCAACACCCCCACCCUUGCCGCACCGAGUGCACUUUAGGGGCCCCUAUGGCCAGCGGGAUGGGUCCCCUUCUCCCAUGACUCAGCAAUACCCCCUCCCCCCCCAACCGGCCAUGAUGCUCCAAUAAACUUUUUUUUUUUUU